UUCAACGUAUUGUUUCGCAGAUGUGGGGAGCACACUCCCGUCUGUGGCGAAAGGGCGGCGGUGGUUUGAAGCCGAGAAAGAGGGAGAUGAGGAGGAAUAUGUCGGUGUGAGGACGUCUCUUUGUGCUCACGACAGCGAAACUAAUAUCGCCAGGUGUGUCUCCUCAGCUACCUCCUAGCCUUAUUCUUCUCACCUUUCCCACCACUGUCGAGGUAGCCAUGGCGACCAGCGCACUGCCAAGUGACAACCUGCCAACGUACAAGCUGGUGGUGGUGGGGGAUGGUGGUGUCGGGAAGAGUGCUCUGACCAUCCAGUUUUUCCAGAAGAUCUUUGUGCCGGACUACGAUCCCACGAUAGAGGACUCGUAUCUGAAACACACAGAGAUAGACGGGCAGUGGGCCAUACUGGAUGUGCUGGACACAGCGGGCCAGGAAGAGUUCAGUGCGAUGAGGGAGCAGUACAUGAGGACAGGAGACGGAUUCCUCAUCGUCUUCUCUGUGACGGACAAGGCCAGCUUUGAACACGUCGACCGGUUCCAUCAACUCAUACUACGGGUCAAAGACAGGGAGGCAUUCCCCAUGGUGCUUGUGGCAAACAAAGUUGACUUAGUCCAUCUGAGAAAGAUCACCACCGACCAGGGCCAAGAGAUGGCUGCCAAACACAACAUAACUUAUAUUGAAACCAGUGCCAAGGAUCCUCCAAUGAAUGUGGACAAAGCCUUUCAUGAGCUGGUCCGUGUUAUAAGACAACAGCUGCCAGAGCGAAACCAGAAGAAGAAAAAGAAGAUGAAAUGGAGAGCAGAACGUUCAGCGGGUACCCACAGGUUCCACUGCGCCAUAUUGUGACCACCCUCGUCCUGUUUACCAUUCGUAACACCCACACACACAUCCACACGCACGCCCACGUACCUUUGGAUGUCAGGGAACUCCCCAGCAGUGGUUAACUACUGGAGCACAAAAGGGAGGGGGAUGCCUGGAAGGAGGAGUGAAUCUCAAAAUGUGGGACUCUUCACAAAGCCUUUGAAUGAGCGCUGUGCCCUCUCUCCUCAAUUUAUGGUCCCUUUUUUAAGGUCUAUAAAUCCCACCCAUCCUCUAUUCCACACAGAACAGUUUCACAAUGAGGUGUCAUUUAUUUUUUCAUUUCAAAUGAGCCACUAGAUGAAGGAAUCUGGGGGAAAAUGAUAUUGGAACUUUUGUCUUCUUGAAAUAGGGAGGACCCGGCUCAUUAGCGCCUCGUUUUUUUUACGAAGUAACUCCUGACAAAUGGUUCUCACCUUUUAUAUCCUCACACUCCUACGAUAUCUGGAAGAAAAGCACCUGUGUGAUUUUUAGAUAUGUUAUCAUAAGGGCAUAAUGGAAGAACAUGAGAGUAGUGUUGGUCAAUUUUAGGGAGUCACUAGGCGUUGUCGGCUGGCAAACAGUGAGUGUGGCGGGACACUUUGCCGUCAUGCGAUGCUCCGGUUUGGGGAAUGUCAGUUCAGAGAGGGACGGAAGGAUGUGUCGAAGCAAGCGAAAGAAGGGGACGUGAUUAGAUAACGUGUUUCAUAUCGGUCCACAGGUGAGCUCUGUGGUCAUAUAAGCGCGUGGAAUAAGUGUUUAAAUAUUGUAAUUGUAAAGGAGAGUGAGAUGGGUUAAUGUGGUUACAAUAUAACGUCAACAUAACAGGGUUUAUACCAACACUGAUGUAUCAGCGGCCAUGUUUACAGACUUAUUAAUGGAUUAUUUCCUCAGCAUAAAAACACACACAAUAUAUCAGAGCCAUUUUUAAGUGUUUGAAAUAAUGAUUUAGGUUGCCUCUUCAGCCAUCAGCAAUGGCACGAGUGCAGUCUUUAUCAGUACUGUACGGACAAUAUCCCUAUUUGUCUCUUUUUUUAAAGUCUUAAAACAAGUUACUUUCCAUGUUUUUGUAUCAAAUAAUAUUGAAAAAAAUACAGUUAUAUUUGUGAUAUUAAAACAUAUAAUCAUACGUGGCAAUGUAAACAAAUUCAAUGCUGUUUUACAAAGAGAUCUGUAAGCGAAUAUUAACAAAAUAUAAUAGAAAAGGGAUAAAGUGAGUGGCGUGUUUCAGAUCUGAAGCCGGCUGGAGAAGCUGAUUUGCACUGGCCACUAACCAAAAUAAUGUGAUGUCACUUUAUUUCAAUCUAGGGGCUUUUUUCAGACCGCACCGCUGAAUUCAGGACAAUGAAUCAUGCUCAGCAAAGGAGAACACUCCUUUUGGAUACAUUCAUACUGUAGCCCUGGGAAUACAUCAGGCUGUGUGUGAGGCUCCGGGGGCUUAAAGCCAUUAAAACCUAGCUAAUUGUAGGACAAGACACACACUCCAAGCAACAAGACAUUGAGUAUAUCCAUGUCUGUCGUCGUGAGGUGGAUAGAAAUGUACAAUUGAAUAACCUAUGAAAUGGCUUGUACUGUUAACGCACUAAAAGUUUCGGUGGACAACUUUUUUUUUGUCUGGAUGAAUACCGUCUCUUUAAGGAAAUACAUUUUUGCACUUUUAAUACAAUUUCAGACUUUCCUAUUGGCAUGUUGUUUUUCUGUUCAAAAACCUGUAAGUGAAAAUGAAAGGCACGGUAAAAAAAAACAACAAAAAAUAUUUGAAUGUAAAAUGGAGUAACAAAACAAGCAAAUAGGCAAUUAGUGUUGUAGCGCUGUGUGCCUGUGUGUAUGCCUUUGUGUUGAUUGUGACAGAUUAAAUCCAUCGGGAUUUAAUCAUUGGAAAGAUAUUGAAGGAAACGUUUAUAUUACUUUGAAAAUAAGGAGGUAGAGUAUGAAAAAAACUCAGUUAUUGAAUGGCAUACAAAUUCACCUCAGCAUGAAAGUGGAAAAUCAACCUCAGCAAAAGAAGGACAUCAGUAUAAAUCAACAUCUACUGUUAAAGGGACUCCGAAGACUUUCAAGUGUCGAACAUUGAGCAAUGAAGCAACAGACUCUGGAUUGUGGGGGAGGGAAAAAACAAAAAAAAACCUGAAUGUGUUUGAUGAAAAAUGUUGCAUCAUGUAUGUUUGAUACCAUUUUGUAUUAUUGAUAUGAAUUAUUGAUAUGAUUCUUGCAAAGUGUUUUUUAAACAACUGAAUAAUUUAUUACUGUCUAUGUUACCUCAGCGUGUCCCAGACCUAGACAGAAAGCUAAACUCACCCCCUCACCCCUUUUUUUGUUUUCUUUGGGGCUCUCAAUGGGUCGUAGGCCUUUUGACCUUUGAGCCCCCAUAUGAAGAGACUUGUAAUGUGUCGUGGACCAAUAAAGAUGAAGGAACCCCGUUUGGUCCUGGAAAAACAAAA